CACGUCUCAAGUCGAUCUCACAAACUCAAGCUCUAGAGAGAGAGAGAGAGAGAGAGAGAGGAUGAGGCUGGUGGCGGCGAUUGCGGUGGCGGUGUUAGCGGCGGCGGCGCUACUCACCGGAGAAGCAGUGUGGCUGGACUUGCCGGGGGAGGGGACCAAGUGCGUGGCGGAGGACAUCCGGAGUAACGUGGUGGUUAUGGCGGACUACUACGUCAUCCACGAGGAGGAGCACGUCGCCGGCAACGCCGCACUUCCCGCCAUCUCCGUCAAGGUGACAUCACCAUUUGGAAGGAGUCUCCACCAUGAAGAGAAGGUGACACAUGGUCAAUUUGCAUUCACAACAACUGAGUCUGGUGACCACUUGGUCUGCUUUUGGAUGGCCACUCCCACCACCACUACUAGUCACAACAAGGCUGCAACUGUGGGCAUUGAUAUCAAAGUUGGGAUUGCAGCCAAGGAUUGGGACUCCAUUGCAAAGAAAGAAAAAACUCAAGGGCUCGAACUUGAGUUGAUGAAGCUUGAAGGUCUCGUGCAAGCCAUACACGAGAAUUUGGCUUAUCUGAAAAUUCGGGAAGGAGAGAUGAGGGAGGUGAGUGAGAGGACGAAUGAGAGAGUGGCAUGGUUCAGCAUUUUGUCUCUCGCUCUUUGCAUUCUCAUUUCCCUUCUCCAAACAUGCCAUAUUAAGCGCUUCUUCCGCAACAAAAAACUCUUAUAAUAAUUAGCUUUACAUUGGAAUUGUUUCCACCAUUACAAUUUGUGUGUAAUUAGAUUUUUCUAAUCAUUAUAAGAAGUUUCUGUUAAUGUUUUUUUUAUAAAUAUUACAGAGUAUUUCAUUUACUUCCUCACUUGUUGUGAUAUAAUAUUAAUAGAUCAUUUCUCUUAUG